AUGGCUCAUCUCGCGACUUCCCCCCUCGUGAUGACCGCCGUGACCGAGGCGAUCGAGGCGACCGAGGCGACCGAGGCGAUCGACGGGAUCGCAGACGAAGCAGAUCCCCGCGCCGCUCCCACCGCGACGGAGGAAGAGACGAAGAUGCCUAUGCUUCGAGUCGCAGCCACCGAGACCGUGAGCGCGAGGAUCGCUACGGUGGCAGUGGUGGUGCUGGCGCUGCUGGAGGCCGAGGAGAUCGGGGAGACCGCAGAGAACGAGAGUGGGAUCGCGAUCGUGGCACUCGAAGAGACAACCGCCGCGACGAUGGAGGCAGGCCCCCUCGACGUGAUCGCGACCUGUUUGACGACCGCCGUGGUGACCGACGCGAUCGUGGUGACCGAGGCGGUCAUGACCGGGGUGGACAUGACCGUGGUGGCCACGACCGAGGAGGACCCGACCGAGAACCGCCGAGGCCGCAGUGCGACGCCGCCCCCUAAGAAGAGGGAGCCCACCCCAGACCUUACCGACGUCGUUCCCGUUACCGAGCGCAAGCGACGCAUGACCCAAUGGGACAUCAAGCCUCCUGGCUACGAAAACGUCACUGCCGAACAAGCCAAGCUUUCUGGCAUGUUCCCCCUGCCAGGAGCUCCGAGACAACAACCCAUGGACCCUACGAAGCUCCAGGCCUUCAUGAACCAACCGGGCGGGAACGUCAACAGCGCUGCACUGAAGCCGGGCAAUUCGCGACAGAGCAAGCGGCUCCUCGUCUACAACCUUCCUCCGGGUUCAACUGAUGAGAGUGUUUUGAGCUUUUUCAACCUCCAGCUGAACGGCCUCAACGUCAUCGAGAGCACUGACCCCUGCGUUCUGUGUCAGACCUCCAAGGACCAGUCUUUUGCCCUCCUGGAGUUCAGACAUGCAUCGGAAGCUACAGUCGCGCUUGCGCUUGACGGUAUCUCCAUGGAAACUGAUGACCCUAUGAACGGUACUGGAAGCGGGAGCGGCCUCAAGAUUCAGCGGCCCAAGGAUUAUAUCGUGCCGGCCGUGGCUGAUGAGACAGCGUAUGAGCCGGGCGUGGUAUCCAAGGUCGUGGUUGAUACGCCGAACAAGAUCAGCGUCUCGAACCUUCCUCCCUACUUGACUGAAGAACAAGUUCUGGAGCUACUCGUGGCUUUUGGAGAGCUUAAGGCUCUGGUUCUGGUCAAGGACAACGGCACCGAGGAAUCUCGUGGCAUCGCGUUUUGCGAGUUUGUCGAUCCUGCUGCAACAGACAUAGCCAUUCAGGGCUUGAACGGCAUGCUUAUUGGCGACAAGAACCUCAAAGUACGGAAGGCCAGUAUUGGUAUUACUCAGGUCUCUGGUGUCGAGAUGGGUGUCAAUGCGAUGUCCAUGCUUGCUGGAACAACCGCUUCCACCGAUUCAGAGGAGACCCGCGUUCUCCAGCUGCUAAAUAUGGUGACACCGGAGGAGCUAAUGGAUCAUGAGGACUACGAAGAAAUCUGCGAGGACGUUCAAGAGGAAUGCGCCAAGUAUGGUCAGAUAUUGGGUCUCAAGGUACCCAGACCCUCUGGAGGAAGCCGACAAUCUGCAGGCGUUGGAAAGAUCUUUGUCAAAUAUGACACUACAGCUUCGGCGAAGAAAGCACUGCAAGCGCUAGCAGGGCGGAAAUUCGCCGAUAGAACUGUCGUCACGACAUACUUCCCAGAGGAAAACUUCGAGGUUGGAGCGUGGUAA